AUGGAGUCUACCACAACAAUCAAUGACUGCUAUGAUUGUAAGUGGUCGGAUUGGAACAACAAUAAUUACCCUGACUUUUCCCAAGAUUCUGGAGAUUAUGAAAAAAUUGAAAAAAUUAAGGAUCUAGAUUUGAGUGUUUGCAGGAAACCUUUAGAAAUAGAAUGUAGAGCAAAAGAUCAUCCAGAUUUAACUUUGGACGAAGUAGAUCAAAAAGUAACAUGCACCCCAACAGAUGGACUAAAGUGUCAUAACAAAGAUCAAGGUGUAGUUCCCAAAUGUUAUGACUAUGAAAUACGAGUGAGGUGUUGUGUUUACAAGUGUAACAUUUCAACCACAAUUGAACCCUCAACAACACCCACAACCAUUGUCACAACCACUCUAACAGGAGAACCUACUACAACAAUCACAGGAAAGCCCAGCACUACCACUGUUACAUUCACAGAGAAACCAACCACCACAACAAUCAUCACAAAAACACCCAGCACAAUAACAGCAAUACUGACCGCAACAUCGGUAAUCACUGAAAAACCCACCACAACCACUACAGUCACUGAUAAACCCACCACAACCAGUACAGUCACUGAAAAACCCACCACAACCACUACAGUCACUGAAAAGCCCAGCACUACUGUUGUCACAUUUUCAGAGACACCAACCAUCAUCACAAAAUCCCCCACCCCGAUAACAGAACUGACCACAACAAUCAUUGCCACAGAAAAGUCAAGCACUACAUUGUCCACAACAUUAAUGGAGUCUACCACAACAAUCAAUGACUGCUAUGAUUGUAAGUGGUCGGAUUGGAACAACAAUAAUUACCCUGACUUUUCCCAAGAUUCUGGAGAUUAUGAAAAAAUUGAAAAAAUUAAGGAUCUAGAUUUGAGUGUUUGCAGGAAACCUUUAGAAAUAGAAUGUAGAGCAAAAGAUCAUCCAGAUUUAACUUUGGACGAAGUAGAUCAAAAAGUAACAUGCACCCCAACAGAUGGACUAAAGUGUCAUAACAAAGAUCAAGGUGUAGUUCCCAAAUGUUAUGACUAUGAAAUACGAGUGAGGUGUUGUGUUUACAAGUGUAACAUUUCAACCACAAUUGAACCCUCAACAACACCAACAACCAUUGUCACAACCACUCUAACAGGAAAACCUACUACAACAAUCACAGGAAAGCCCAGCACUACUGCUGUUACAUUCACAGAGAAACCAACCACCACAACAAUCAUCACAAAAACACCCAGCACAAUAACAGCAAUACUGACCGCAACAUCGGUAAUCACUGAAAAACCCACCACAACCACUACAGUCACUGAUAAACCCACCACAACCAGUACAGUCACUGAAAAACCCACCACAACCAGUACAGUCACUGAAAAGCCCAGCACUACUGCUGUCACAUUUUCAGAGACACCAACCAUCAUCACAAAAUCCCCCACCCCGAUAACAGAACUGACCACAACAAUCAUUGCCACAGAAAAGUCAAGCACUACAUUGUCCACAACAUUAAUGGAGUCUACCACAACAAUCAAUGACUGCUAUGAUUGUAAGUGGUCGGAUUGGAACAACAAUAAUUACCCUGACUUUUCCCAAGAUUCUGGAGAUUAUGAAAAAAUUGAAAAAAUUAAGGAUCUAGAUUUGAGUGUUUGCAGGAAACCUUUAGAAAUAGAAUGUAGAGCAAAAGAUCAUCCAGAUUUAACUUUGGACGAAGUAGAUCAAAAAGUAACAUGCACCCCAACAGAUGGACUAAAGUGUCAUAACAAAGAUCAAGGUGUAGUUCCCAAAUGUUAUGACUAUGAAAUACGAGUGAGGUGUUGUGUUUACAAGUGUAACAUUUCAACCACAAUUGAACCCUCAACAACACCCACAACCAUUGUCACAACCACUCUAACAGGAGAACCUACUACAACAAUCACAGGAAAGCCCAGCACUACCACUGUUACAUUCACAGAGAAACCAACCACCACAACAAUCAUCACAAAAACACCCAGCACAAUAACAGCAAUACUGACCGCAACAUCGGUAAUCACUGAAAAACCCACCACAACCACUACAGUCACUGAUAAACCCACCACAACCAGUACAGUCACUGAAAAACCCACCACAACCACUACAGUCACUGAAAAGCCCAGCACUACUGUUGUCACAUUUUCAGAGACACCAACCAUCAUCACAAAAUCCCCCACCCCGAUAACAGAACUGACCACAACAAUCAUUGCCACAGAAAAGUCAAGCACUACAUUGUCCACAACAUUAAUGGAGUCUACCACAACAAUCAAUGACUGCUAUGAUUGUAAGUGGUCGGAUUGGAACAACAAUAAUUACCCUGACUUUUCCCAAGAUUCUGGAGAUUAUGAAAAAAUUGAAAAAAUUAAGGAUCUAGAUUUGAGUGUUUGCAGGAAACCUUUAGAAAUAGAAUGUAGAGCAAAAGAUCAUCCAGAUUUAACUUUGGACGAAGUAGAUCAAAAAGUAACAUGCACCCCAACAGAUGGACUAAAGUGUCAUAACAAAGAUCAAGGUGUAGUUCCCAAAUGUUAUGACUAUGAAAUACGAGUGAGGUGUUGUGUUUACAAGUGUAACAUUUCAACCACAAUUGAACCCUCAACAACACCAACAACCAUUGUCACAACCACUCUAACAGGAAAACCUACUACAACAAUCACAGGAAAGCCCAGCACUACUGCUGUUACAUUCACAGAGAAACCAACCACCACAACAAUCAUCACAAAAACACCCAGCACAAUAACAGCAAUACUGACCGCAACAUCGGUAAUCACUGAAAAACCCACCACAACCACUACAGUCACUGAUAAACCCACCACAACCAGUACAGUCACUGAAAAACCCACCACAACCAGUACAAUCACUGAAAAACCCACCACAACCACUACAGUCACUGAAAACCCCACCACAACAGCCACAGAAAAGCCCAGCACAAAAGCUAGUACUGUCACCGAAAUUCCCACCACAAUUAUUAUAGUCACUGAAGAACACAAUACAACCUCUUCAGCAACAGCACCUAUUGUAAAGUUCACAAGUACAACAGCGACAGAAAUACCGACCACAACCACUACAGUCGCUGAAAAUCCCAGCACUACUGCUGUCACAUUUUCAGAGACACCAACCAUCAUCACAAAAUCCCCCACCCCGAUAACAGAACUGACCACAACAAUCAUUGCCACAGAAAAGUCAAGCACUACAUUGUCCACAACAUUAAUGGAGUCUACCACAACAAUCAAUGACUGCUAUGAUUGUAAGUGGUCGGAUUGGAACAACAAUAAUUACCCUGACUUUUCCCAAGAUUCUGGAGAUUAUGAAAAAAUUGAAAAAAUUAAGGAUCUAGAUUUGAGUGUUUGCAGGAAACCUUUAGAAAUAGAAUGUAGAGCAAAAGAUCAUCCAGAUUUAACUUUGGACGAAGUAGAUCAAAAAGUAACAUGCACCCCAACAGAUGGACUAAAGUGUCAUAACAAAGAUCAAGGUGUAGUUCCCAAAUGUUAUGACUAUGAAAUACGAGUGAGGUGUUGUGUUUACAAGUGUAACAUUUCAACCACAAUUGAACCCUCAACAACACCAACAACCAUUGUCACAACCACUCUAACAGGAAAACCUACUACAACAAUCACAGGAAAGCCCAGCACUACUGCUGUUACAUUCACAGAGAAACCAACCACCACAACAAUCAUCACAAAAACACCCAGCACAAUAACAGCAAUACUGACCGCAACAUCGGUAAUCACUGAAAAACCCACCACAACCACUACAGUCACUGAUAAACCCACCACAACCAGUACAGUCACUGAAAAACCCACCACAACCACUACAGUCACUGAAAAGCCCAGCACUACUGUUGUCACAUUUUCAGAGACACCAACCAUCAUCACAAAAUCCCCCACCCCGAUAACAGAACUGACCACAACAAUCAUUGCCACAGAAAAGUCAAGCACUACAUUGUCCACAACAUUAAUGGAGUCUACCACAACAAUCAAUGACUGCUAUGAUUGUAAGUGGUCGGAUUGGAACAACAAUAAUUACCCUGACUUUUCCCAAGAUUCUGGAGAUUAUGAAAAAAUUGAAAAAAUUAAGGAUCUAGAUUUGAGUGUUUGCAGGAAACCUUUAGAAAUAGAAUGUAGAGCAAAAGAUCAUCCAGAUUUAACUUUGGACGAAGUAGAUCAAAAAGUAACAUGCACCCCAACAGAUGGACUAAAGUGUCAUAACAAAGAUCAAGGUGUAGUUCCCAAAUGUUAUGACUAUGAAAUACGAGUGAGGUGUUGUGUUUACAAGUGUAACAUUUCAACCACAAUUGAACCCUCAACAACACCAACAACCAUUGUCACAACCACUCUAACAGGAAAACCUACUACAACAAUCACAGGAAAGCCCAGCACUACCACUGUUACAUUCACAGAGAAACCAACCACCACAACAAUCAUCACAAAAACACCCAGCACAAUAACAGCAAUACUGACCGCAACAUCUGUAAUCACUGAAAAACCCACCACAACCACUACAGUCACUGAUAAACCCACCACAACCAGUACAGUCACUGAAAAACCCACCACAACCACUACAGUCACUGAAAAGCCCAGCACUACUGUUGUCACAUUUUCAGAGACACCAACCAUCAUCACAAAAUCCCCCACCCCGAUAACAGAACUGACCACAACAAUCAUUGCCACAGAAAAGUCAAGCACUACAUUGUCCACAACAUUAAUGGAGUCUACCACAACAAUCAAUGACUGCUAUGAUUGUAAGUGGUCGGAUUGGAACAACAAUAAUUACCCUGACUUUUCCCAAGAUUCUGGAGAUUAUGAAAAAAUUGAAAAAAUUAAGGAUCUAGAUUUGAGUGUUUGCAGGAAACCUUUAGAAAUAGAAUGUAGAGCAAAAGAUCAUCCAGAUUUAACUUUGGACGAAGUAGAUCAAAAAGUAACAUGCACCCCAACAGAUGGACUAAAGUGUCAUAACAAAGAUCAAGGUGUAGUUCCCAAAUGUUAUGACUAUGAAAUACGAGUGAGGUGUUGUGUUUACAAGUGUAACAUUUCAACCACAAUUGAACCCUCAACAACACCCACAACCAUUGUCACAACCACUCUAACAGGAGAACCUACUACAACAAUCACAGGAAAGCCCAGCACUACCACUGUUACAUUCACAGAGAAACCAACCACCACAACAAUCAUCACAAAAACACCCAGCACAAUAACAGCAAUACUGACCGCAACAUCGGUAAUCACUGAAAAACCCACCACAACCACUACAGUCACUGAUAAACCCACCACAACCAGUACAGUCACUGAAAAACCCACCACAACCACUACAGUCACUGAAAAGCCCAGCACUACUGUUGUCACAUUUUCAGAGACACCAACCAUCAUCACAAAAUCCCCCACCCCGAUAACAGAACUGACCACAACAAUCAUUGCCACAGAAAAGUCAAGCACUACAUUGUCCACAACAUUAAUGGAGUCUACCACAACAAUCAAUGACUGCUAUGAUUGUAAGUGGUCGGAUUGGAACAACAAUAAUUACCCUGACUUUUCCCAAGAUUCUGGAGAUUAUGAAAAAAUUGAAAAAAUUAAGGAUCUAGAUUUGAGUGUUUGCAGGAAACCUUUAGAAAUAGAAUGUAGAGCAAAAGAUCAUCCAGAUUUAACUUUGGACGAAGUAGAUCAAAAAGUAACAUGCACCCCAACAGAUGGACUAAAGUGUCAUAACAAAGAUCAAGGUGUAGUUCCCAAAUGUUAUGACUAUGAAAUACGAGUGAGGUGUUGUGUUUACAAGUGUAACAUUUCAACCACAAUUGAACCCUCAACAACACCAACAACCAUUGUCACAACCACUCUAACAGGAAAACCUACUACAACAAUCACAGGAAAGCCCAGCACUACUGCUGUUACAUUCACAGAGAAACCAACCACCACAACAAUCAUCACAAAAACACCCAGCACCACAAUAACAGCAAUACUGACUGCAACACCGGUAAUCACUGAAAAACCCACCACAACCACUACAGUCACUGAAAAACCCACCACAACCACUACAGUCACUGAAAAGCCCAGCACUACUGUUGUCACAUUUUCAGAGACACCAACCAUCAUCACAAAAUCCCCCACCCCGAUAACAGAACUGACCACAACAAUCAUUGCCACAGAAAAGUCAAGCACUACAUUGUCCACAACAUUAAUGGAGUCUACCACAACAAUCAAUGACUGCUAUGAUUGUAAGUGGUCGGAUUGGAACAACAAUAAUUACCCUGACUUUUCCCAAGAUUCUGGAGAUUAUGAAAAAAUUGAAAAAAUUAAGGAUCUAGAUUUGAGUGUUUGCAGGAAACCUUUAGAAAUAGAAUGUAGAGCAAAAGAUCAUCCAGAUUUAACUUUGGACGAAGUAGAUCAAAAAGUAACAUGCACCCCAACAGAUGGACUAAAGUGUCAUAACAAAGAUCAAGGUGUAGUUCCCAAAUGUUAUGACUAUGAAAUACGAGUGAGGUGUUGUGUUUACAAGUGUAACAUUUCAACCACAAUUGAACCCUCAACAACACCAACAACCAUUGUCACAACCACUCUAACAGGAAAACCUACUACAACAAUCACAGGAAAGCCCAGCACUACUGCUGUUACAUUCACAGAGAAACCAACCACCACAACAAUCAUCACAAAAACACCCAGCACAAUAACAGCAAUACUGACCGCAACAUCGGUAAUCACUGAAAAACCCACCACAACCACUACAGUCACUGAUAAACCCACCACAACCAGUACAGUCACUGAAAAACCCAGCACAACCACUACAGUCGCUGAAAAUCCCAGCACUACUGCUGUCACAUUUUCAGAGACACCAACCAUCAUCACAAAAUCCCCCACCCCGAUAACAGAACUGACCACAACAAUCAUUGCCACAGAAAAGUCAAGCACUACAUUGUCCACAACAUUAAUGGAGUCUACCACAACAAUCAAUGACUGCUAUGAUUGUAAGUGGUCGGAUUGGAACAACAAUAAUUACCCUGACUUUUCCCAAGAUUCUGGAGAUUAUGAAAAAAUUGAAAAAAUUAAGGAUCUAGAUUUGAGUGUUUGCAGGAAACCUUUAGAAAUAGAAUGUAGAGCAAAAGAUCAUCCAGAUUUAACUUUGGACGAAGUAGAUCAAAAAGUAACAUGCACCCCAACAGAUGGACUAAAGUGUCAUAACAAAGAUCAAGGUGUAGUUCCCAAAUGUUAUGACUAUGAAAUACGAGUGAGGUGUUGUGUUUACAAGUGUAACAUUUCAACCACAAUUGAACCCUCAACAACACCCACAACCAUUGUCACAACCACUCUAACAGGAAAACCUACUACAACAAUCACAGGAAAGCCCAGCACUACCGCUGUUACAUUCACAGAGAAACCAACCACCACAACAAUCAUCACAAAAACACCCAGCACAAUAACAGCAAUACUGACCGCAACAUCGGUAAUCACUGAGAAACCCACCACAACCACUACAGUCACUGAUAAACCCACCACAACCACUACAGUCACUGAUAAACCCACCACAACCACUACAGUCACUGAAAAUCCCACCACAACAGCCACAGAGACAUCUACCACCACAAUAACAGAAGAACCACCCACAACAACCACUGUCACAGAAAGACAGACCAAAACUACAACCACUAAAGAAUCCACCACCCUGGCAAAAACCACAGAAAAGCCCACUCCAACAAUAACUAUAACCCCAACACCUUCAACCCUUCAGUCUUCAACACAUGGCAGAACAACGUUAUGUUUUUGCAAGUACGUGGAUCGUUUAUUUUCUCCUGGAAGCUUCAUGUAUAAUAAGACCGAUGGAGAAGGCUGGUGUUUCACUGCAUAUUGUAAUUCGACAUGCAAUGUUGAGAAGCUUGCUAGACCAUGUCACCACACUACUCCACCAACUCCUACCACCACCGUAACAAGCCCUGGGACCACAACAGUCGAUGGUCCAAACUGUUGGUAUUCUAAUCCACCUAGAAAGGAUGGUGAAGUUUGGCGUGUUGACAACUGCAACACAGCCAGUUGUGUCAAUGGAAAAGUUACAACAAACCAUGUGAUAUGUAACCAUGUGCCCAAGCCCAAAUGUGAAAAUGGUAAACCACCAGUGGAGAUUUAUGAUGAAAAAGGCUGCUGUUUCCACUAUGAGUGCCAAUGUGUUUGUGUCGGCUGGGGAGAUCCUCAUUAUCAGACAUUUGAUGGCCAGUAUUACAGCUUCCAGAAAAACUGCACAUAUGUCCUUGUCAAAGAGAUCAUUCCUCAACACAAUUUAACAAUUCGUAUCAGCAACGAAAACUGUGAUCCCUCUGGAUCUGUGACCUGUCCUAAAUCAUUGAUUGUGUAUUACAAAAACUAUGAAGUUAUUCUCACACAGGAGAGAGUUCCAAAGACUGUGAACAUGGUGUACAUCAAUGGCAAGCGGGUAAUCCCAACCUACUCGAAUGAAGACUUUGUCAUAACAACUACAGCAAUUAAGCUGCUUAUGAAAAUCCCAAAAAUUGAUGCAGUUGUGAUGUAUCAAGGGCUUUUAUUCAGUGUUGAAUUGCCCUUUUCCCUUUUCCACAACAACACAGAGGGACAGUGUGGUACCUGUGACAAUAUCACUAGCAAUGACUGCAGAUUACCAAAUGGCAAGAUUAAUCCUGGAUGCUCUCAGAUGGGAAAGUGGAAAGUACCAGAUAAGAAUAAGCCAUAUUGUGAGACACUACUUCCUCCUCUUACAACACCAACACCAACAGAGUGCAAAGCUGAUAUUUGUGAAAUUUUGAUGAGCAAGGUGUUUGAGAAAUGCCACAAAGUAAUCCCACCACAACCAUUUUAUAAGGGUUGUAAAUAUGAUGCUUGCAUGACGAACAACACAGUUGUUUGUUCCAGUUUGGAGACGUACGCUAUGAUGUGUGCUAGAGAAUCUGUAUGCACAUCCUGGAGGGAGGCUACAAAUGGACAGUGUGAAUAUAAGUGUCCAGGGAAUAAGGUCUACCAGCCUUGUGCGCAAACCUUUGAACCUACCUGCAAUGCAAGAUACAAUAAGAAGUAUACUCAACAAUGCAAUGGGAAAAAUGACAAACGGAACCCUGGUUGUACUGACAUGUCGGAGGGAUGUGUCUGCCCGGAGGGGUUGACUCUGUUCCGUUCAAACUCUGACGUCUGUGUCUCCGCCUGUUGCACUGGACCAGAUGGCCAACCUAAACAGGCUGGUGACACUUGGCUGAGUGACUGUCUACAAUGUACUUGUGAUAAUGACACAAUGAGUGUUCAGUGCAAGCCGCGCACAUGUACCAUUCAAAAUACAAGAGUCUGCAAGGAAGGCGAAGAGUUGGUGAACCGCACGGUUGGCUGCUGUACCGAGCAGACCUGUGUGACGACUCGUACCAACUGUGCAAUGAUCAGGAACACCACCUAUCUGCAGAAGAAGGACUGCAAGUCAGUGGUACCAGUGGAAAUCACAGCCUGUGCCGGAUCCUGUGGAGAGUCCAAGUCAAUGUACUCUGCAGAAAGCAACCGCUUGAUGCAUUCAUGCUCGUGCUGUCAAGAAAUGUCCACCAGCAAGAAGAAUGUGAAGAUGGUCUGCGCUGAUGGGCACAAAGAAUUGCACACCUACAUUGCAGUUGAAAAGUGUGGUUGCAAUAUCGCUGAAUGUAAAGACACGAAAGGUUAAAGUACACAAUUUGCUAGACAACGUUUAAUAGAAAGGAAAAUCUGACUUAUAUACUUUUAUGAACUUUAAACAAUUCCUCUCCAAAAACCACCAUAGUCAAGACUCAAUAGGUAAAGACACAUGUCUUUAUAUUUAGCACUCUGACAAUGCUUGUCAUCAGGCAGGUCCAUAUAGUGCCUUGUCAUGACGGCACAUAUUUGAGUCCUGGUGUCUCUUUUAGCUUUUGAAGAGGUUGUUGCAUUAUACAAAUUGUACCAUUUGGUAUUUUCUUCAGAGGGUAUUUCUCUUUCUUUUACUGUAAAUGUCCUCAGACAUAACAGUAGUCGGUCAUAAUUUCUAACAGCACCAUCAAUGGUCUUAUAACCUUUAAAUUAUGUUAUCAUCCAUUAAAUAUAUUGUAUAAUUAAAAGAGUGUGAAGAAUGUCCAAGUGCUUUAUCCAAUAAAACUUGCCAAACUUCUGCAAACUGAAUGUCAUCAAUGUCAUUAAAAUUCAUCAUUAUA